AGUAGCUGGUGCUGAGAUUUCCGGAGGGGUGGGGCCUCCAGAGGGGGAUGUACACGUGAGACCCCGAGAGAGGUGGGAGCGGAGCGUCUCAGGUAGGACCGAGGAGCGCCCUGCGUGCCCCCUCCUCCGGCCUCGGGAUCCGGAUUGGCUCCGGCAGCGAGGUCGGCGAGGUCAAGACCUUUUCGGCGCCCUCCCCGACCCGCCCCGCCGCGGCGGUGCUUAUAUAGAGCGACCGGCGCGGGCGGGGCGGGGGCAUGCUGGCGAGGCCGAGGGGCGCGAGUGGCAGCGCGCGGGGGCCGGAGCAGCGCCCGGCCCCGGGCGCCCGGGGACCGGAUGGCGGAGCCCACGCGCGCAGCGAAGCCGGGGAGGUUUGCGCUCCGCUCGCCGCGCUGCAGGGAGGGCGCGGUGCCAGGCGCGAGCGCCGAGAAACCAAAAAAGAAAGCUUUUUAUUUGCUGAGGAUGAAGCCCCUGAAGGGGCCCGCCCCCAACAACAACAACAACGUGUCCUUUGUGAUCCACUGUCAACUAGGCAAGGAGAUCAAACACAUUUGCAGCAACUGCAGUCGGGGGGAGGACGCCCGGGACGCUGAGGAAGUGGAGAGGCUGGCGGCGAUGCGUUCUGACUCCCUGGUCCCAGGCACCCACACCCCACCCAUCCGCAGGAGAAGUAAGUUUGCCAACCUGGGAAGGAUUUUCAAGCCUUGGAAAUGGAGGAAGAAGAAAAGCGAAAAGUUCAAACACACAUCAGCAGCCCUGGAAAGGAAAAUAUCUAUGAGGCAAAGCAGAGAAGAGCUGAUAAAGCGAGGAGUCCUGAAGGAAAUCUAUGAUAAAGAUGGGGAACUUUCCAUAUCCAACGAAGAGGACUCCCUGGAAAAUGGGCAGUCCCUGAGCUCCAGCCAGCUGUCUCUGCCUGCGCUGUCCGAAAUGGAGCCAGUCCCAAUGCCCCGGGAUCCCUGCUCAUAUGAGGUGCUCCAACCGUCAGACAUCAUGGAUGGGCCAGUGUCUGAAGAGAGUCCCUCUGCCAGUGAAUCUGGAGUCCUCCUGUCCCAAGAUCCUUCAGCCAAACCAGUCCUGCUACUGCCCCCCAAAAAACCUGCUGCUUUCCCUGGAGACCAUGAAGAGACCCCAGUGAAGCAGCUGCCCCUUCUCAAGCAGCCCCCGGCCCUGCCUCCCAAACCCACUACCAGGAUUGCCAACCACUUAACAGAUCCUGGCGCCCCUGUGAAAUUGCCUUGUCUGCCAGUGAAACUGUCGCCUCCGCUACCUCCAAAGAAAGUCAUGAUCUGUAUGCCCGUGGGGGGGCCAGACCUCUCACUGGUGUCCUACACAGCCCAGAAGAGCGGCCAGCAGGGCGUGGCCCAGCAUCACCACACUGUCCUGCCCUCCCAGAUCCAGCACCAGCUGCAGUAUGGCAGCCAUGGCCAGCACCUCCCCUCCACCACCGGCUCCCUCCCCAUGCACCCCUCGGGCUGCAGGAUGAUAGACGAGCUCAACAAAACGCUGGCCAUGACCAUGCAGAGGCUGGAAAGCUCUGAGCAGCGGGUCCCCUGUUCCACUUCUUACCACAGCUCUGGGUUGCACUCGGGUGACGGGGUCACCAAAGCAGGACCUAUGGGCCUUCCAGAAAUAAGACAAGUGCCAACUGUUGUGAUUGAAUGUGAUGACAAUAAAGAAAAUGUGCCUCACGAGUCAGACUACGAAGACUCUUCUUGCCUGUACACAAGAGAAGAGGAGGAAGAGGAGGAGGACGAAGAUGAUGACAGCUCAUUAUACACCAGCUCCCUGGCCAUGAAGGUCUGCAGGAAGGACUCCUUAGCCAUCAAACUCAGCAACAGGCCCUCCAAGCGAGAGCUGGAAGAAAAGAACAUCCUUCCCAGGCAGACAGAUGAGGAGCGGCUGGAGCUGAGGCAACAGAUUGGCACCAAGCUCACCAGGCGGCUGAGCCAGAGGCCAACUGCGGAAGAACUGGAACAGAGGAACAUUUUGAAACCUCGGAAUGAACAAGAGGAACAGGAGGAGAAGAGAGAGAUCAAGAGGAGGCUAACCCGAAAGCUCAGUCAAAGGCCCACCGUGGAAGAGCUUCGGGAAAGGAAGAUCCUCAUCCGCUUCAGUGACUACGUGGAGGUGGCUGACGCUCAGGACUAUGACCGCAGGGCAGAUAAGCCGUGGACCCGCCUCACCGCUGCAGACAAAGCUGCCAUCCGAAAGGAGCUCAAUGAAUUCAAAAGCACUGAGAUGGAAGUUCAUGAAUUGAGUAGACACUUAACAAGGUUUCACCGACCUUAACAGUCGAAUUCCUCUUGAGUGCUAUGCUGUCUUCAAAACAUAAAUUUCUAAGAACCAUAAGUGCUGGUAUUUAUUCACUUCCCCAUUAUGAUGUAAAUCUUCUGAACUGCCUUUUUUUUUUUAAAAGAAGAAAAAUCAAGGAAACACAAUCAGGAUUUUAUGUGUGAAAACGCAAAAGUGAUGGCUCGGCGGUCCGAGCUGCUGGUCCCACUUCUGACACCAAAAUGCAUCCCAAACCCCAGCAGUGCCAAGGGCACCGGCAGGGCCCUGACUGAAGACUUUCCAGCAGGUGGAAUGGUCCUUGUCCUCUCCAGCCAGGCCCAGCAGGCACUGCCUUCAUGAAGUCUCCAGCAAACCUCUUCCUCACAAGUGUCUGUCACCUGAGUCCAAAGAAAGCUGAAGGGGUGGGUUUGUUUUGGGGGGUACUGUGCAAAGCUAAUGAUCUGGUUGGACUCCUACACUUGGCCAAAUGUGCUGGCUCCAGACAUGACAUCUGGUUUGGGGGCCCUUUGAAGUUGAUGCCAAGAAGGAGGGAGCACUUCUCAGUUGUCCCUGGCUUUUCCCUCCCUUCAGCCACCACCCACACAGUGAACAAAAGGGAAGGGCCCGUUUCUGGGGGAGUCUGGCUGCCUCUUGGCUACGAAGGCUGGCACUGAGCACCCAUCCUGCCCCCUCUGCCUGAGCUGAGCUGCCUUUCGGGAAGCUCUGGUUUAGAAGGGGAAAGUUGUCAUCUGCUCAGUUCAAAUAAUCAACCCAUCUGUGUUCAGA